AUGCCACCGUACCCCGCGCAGCAUUGCGUUCCCCGCACGACUUUCAGUGCUCCCCCACUCGAGCACGGUCUCUCCGUCCCCGGCCUGUAUGAGUACCACGCCCAGCAUAGCCAUGACCACCCCGUGUUCACCUACGCCGACCGCGACACUGGUGAAUCGCACGACAUCCCCUUCUCAGAAGCUUGGGACAGGAUCGGCGCCGUCGCAGAUGUUGUCUCAAAGCGGCUCUUCAAGCCGCAGCUCCACGGCGAAUUUUCCGGACGCGUGCGUCCUGUCGUCGGCAUCCUCGCAUUAUCCGACGCGCUCAGCUACAUAUACCUAAUAGUCGCGCUGAUGAGCCUUGACUACACCGUCUUCCCGCUCGCUCCGGCCAAUGACCCGGAAGCGAUUGCGCAUCUGCUAGAAACGAAGGCCGUGGCGCAGCUGUUUGUCAGCGACGAUGUGGAACUACAGGCUAUGGCGCACAGCGCGGCGGACAUCCUGCGGGCGAAGGGUAUCACGCUCGAGCUGAUUCCAAUGAUCGUUCCUGAGGAUUACGCGUCGUUCAAGCUCACUAGGGAGCGUCGCACUAGACAGGUCGAACGUUUUGCGAACGACGAUGUCGUUCUCAUAAUGCAUUCCACUGGUAGCACGGGGCUCCCGAAACCGAUUCCUUUGACGGGGAAAGCGCUUGCGAACGCGUGUAACACGCCCAAGUUCGGAGAUGUCGAUUUGGUAGGGAAACGUAUCGCGGCGCAUACGAACUCCCUGUACCAUACCACUGGGAUCCUGUCGAUGAUCUGGCCCCUGACGUGCGGCGCGACAUUCGCUUUUUACGCCCCCGCACGCCCUCUCACCGUCCCCACUGCCGCGAACUUCCUCGCUGCGUGGAAAGCAUGCAAAUGCGAGAUCGUAAUCUCUAUGCCCGCUUUCAUUGAAGGAUUGGCGUGUGAACAGGGAAACAUUCGAGCCAUGCAGGAGCUCGACUACCUCGUCUACACUGGGGCUCCAUUAGCCACGAGUGUCGGCGACAAGCUCGAAUCAGAUGGAGUCCUGCUCGUGUCCGUCUGGGGAAGCACUGAGGUGGGCGUGGCGAGCAAGUUUCUUCCGCAGGAGCCCGACUCCUCACGCGACUGGGAAUACUUCGAGUUCUCGCCUCACCUUAGCUUCUACAUGAAACCGCAAGAGGGCAGGAAGCGCGUGUUUGAGCCCAUUAAGAUCGCGGCAGACGCAUCCGAUCGCCCGAAUCUGACCAACACGGAGGUAGACGGCCGGCCGGCGUGGGCUAGGGGCGACCUAUUAGAACAGCAUGCAACAAAGGCGACACUGGAGGGUCCUGGGCCGACAGGACGACCAGAUCGUGUUCUCUACUGGGCGGAUGCUCAACCCGGUACCAAAGGCAUGCUCAUGCAAGAUCCGAACAUCCGCUCGGCGGUUCUGUUCGGACACCAACGCAUGGGGUCUGGCCUGCUUGUCGAGCCCCCUUCAGGACUCUACCAUGAGCAGCGAGGCGAAGCGUACAAGGACUUGAUAUGGCCCUCAGUUGAGAAAGCGAACGCGCACUUGCAGCAGCAUGCACAGAUCUCGCGCAAUAUGAUCCUCGUCGCAUCUUCGGAGAAGCCGUUCGAGCGCACGCUCAAGGGGACGACCCGGCGUGGAGUAUGCCUCAAGCUGUACGCGAAGGAGAUCGAAGACAUGUACUCCUUCGAUGGAACGUCACUGGCUAUGCGAGAGUUCGGGAGCGCAUGUAACACUGCCUGCUCUAUAGUAGUACUGAAGGUGAAGACUCCCCAGAAUGUGCGGACAGCGGUCAUUGACAACUCUGCGUAG